UCUGGAUUAUUAUUAUGAUUAUGGAUAUUGGCCAGCUCUGCCCUCUCCCAAAAAUGGGAAGAGCUAUGCGAGGGUUCAAGUAUUCGGCAACGCUACCCCAGAACAACAUCCAUGAGGCAGGUGAGUGUCGAUACUCGCACUGCACAUGCCGUCUCCUGGCGUCGCCAGUGUUGCAACCGGAACGUAACCGGAGACAAACAAGAAAAAGCCCCCAACGUGUAUUUUCCGCAUCCACUGCAUUUUUCUACCGUUUAAUAACCGCGUGUAUCUGUCUACCUGCGUUGAUCGCACAGUAUCUAGUCCGCGAGCGGCUGUUCUUUGCGCGUGCUGUUCGGAUUGCCCGGCCACAAUUAAUCGGAAUGUCCAGCAGUCUUUUACGCGGACUGGGCCUUCGAAAGGCAACUACAAGAUUUACACCGCUCACAUUUCAGUGCUGCCGAAAUCUUCCCUCGCAUGGUUACUUUAUCCUCCUUCCAGAAAUUCCGGAUGAUACAGCAGAAACCAACAGCUUGCUCCGCGUGACGGAUAAGGUACCACAGUACAACGAUAUAACAGCUGAAUCCGCGUUUAGAGCUGUCGGGAAGCUCUUUAUUGAAUACGAAAGCGGAUUAUGUCAGAUUGAAGAGCAAUUAGAAGAUCCUAAUCACCCAAAAACAUUCAAGUCUGUCUUUGAGCCUAUUGAGAAACUCCUUUCACCGAUGGAGUCGGCAUGGAUGUCCGUAAGAAAUCUUCUCUUGGUUCGUAAUGACAACGAUAUAGCUAAGGCUUAUGAGAAACUGCACCGAAGGGCAGAACAAGCCAAUGCAAGGAGGUUCAACUCUUCUCAAAUCUAUAGAGUUGUCAAAGAUUUCCACGACGAUCUAGAGAAAUUUGAUGACGAUCAGCAGCAGGUUAUUCGAAAAUACUGUACCAGCUUCAAGUUAAUGGGUCUGGAUCUCGAUUACAAUAAUAAGCAAAUCCUGAAAGAGACAGCGGACACGAUACGGCGUCAAGGAGCAACAUUUGAGAAUAAAUUAGCGCAGGCGACGAACGCAUUCAAACAGCCACUUGAUGGGGACAUUAUCAAGACGUUCCCCGAGAACCUUCGGCAGCACUUUUCCACCCAGAAUGGUUUUCUUGUAACACUGCACGAACCCCAGUACUCGGCAUUUAUGGCCUAUUGCAGCGACAGACGUCACCGUCAAAAUCUUUACACGGCCGCCUCGAUUAGGGCGUCUUUUACGAAUAUGGCAUGGAACAACUCGAUUCAUAUUGAGGAAAUUCGUUGCGCUAGAAAACAAGAGGCAAGGGCAUUCGGGUACAAAACGUACGCCGAAAAAGCAACUGCAACGAAGAUGGCGCCAUCCGUCGAGCAUAUCGUAAAAACUCUCAUAGACCUAUCCAAAAAAAUCGAUCCCGUGGCAAAGGAGCAUAUUAGGGGGCUACAGGCUUUUUGUGCUGAAAAGGGCUUUAAGGCGACACUCGAGCGUUGGGAUCUUCCAUAUUGGCGGCGGAGGUAUCGGCAAGCUCAUCUGGCUAUCGACGAAAAUGAUAUGAGACAACUAUUUCCUUUAGAGGCAGUUCUUCAGGGGCUAUGCAAUUUCGUAGAAAAGUUUUUUGGUAUCGAAAUGCGCGAGGUGCAAUCGAAAGAACCCCUAUGGGCUCCUGACGUGAAAAUGUUCGAGGUUGCUGUUGACAGCGCCAUGGUGGGAACAAUCCUCAUGGACUUGCCAACUAGAGGCGAUAAAUACCCAGGAAGCUGGUGCCAGAGACUAAAAACCCGCUGUGUGACGACAAAUACAUCUCCGCUAGUGUCCAUCGUGAUGAAUUUACACGACCGAACAUCUGUUAGUCUUUCAGAACUAAGUGAUCUUCUCAAAAACCUAGGGCACGCUCUCCAGCAUACCGUGUCCCGAGCACGCUAUAUAGAUGUUUCGGGAAUUGCCAAUUUACCAUGGGAUAUUGGCCAUAUGGUACCGGACUUGUUCGACAUGCUCUUACUUGAUAAACGUUUUGCACAGAUGCUUUCGGCUGAAGAAGCGCUCACCGAUGAGUACCACAGCAAAAUUGUUGAUAGUCGAUUACAUAUGGGUGCCGUUGACCUCCAACACGAAAUCUACUUGAGCCUUCUUGAUUUAGAGCUCUAUUCCAGUGACGAUUACUGGCAAGAUGUGGUAAAUCGGCUUAGGCCUCAUCUUAUCACAGCGUUUCCAAAACAUCAGCACGACGUGUUUCACGUCUGUUCGUUCAGUGAAAUCAUCUCCGGACCCCUAGCAGCUGGUUACUAUUCUAAAAUAUGGAGUCGUAUGAUUGCUGCAGAAGUGUUUCAUGCUAUGCACGAAUGUCAAGAUGAUGCUGAUAUCGCCAAGGUUGCCCGAAGGCAAGGAGGCCCUGAGCGAAAGCACAGUACGUGAACGAUGCAAAUAUUUCAAGAGCGAAGCUUAGAGUGUUGAAGACUAGCGAGAAAAUAACCAGAUGUUGGAACUUGAAAGACAAUAACGCAUUGCAGCAAUCGAGGUGGCUGAAAACGAAAGCAGAGCUUGGAAUCUGAGGUCUUUGGCGGCUAGAAUUGGCAUAUCACCCAACGAGUUACAGACAGAUAACUUAAACACCGAGACUGCGGAAACUGAGUGAAAAAUAAGUUCCCGUGAAUAGGCCCCAAGCCAGUUGGACAUGCGCGUGGUGCAAUUUGCGGAACUUCAGUUAGCAAAAAACCCGCCGGGAUCAUACGAUCGCCGGUGGUUUAAUCUUUAGUACCAGCCGGGGGGAUCAAGCGGAGGGAAAUCGAGUUUGGUGCCACUGUCGAAUAGUUUCGGAUGUAAAUAAUUGGUGGUAGUUGCAAUUGCACCCGUUAUUAUGAGAUAGUCACCGAAAAUGAAACAAUAAAUGUAGCCCGCUGUGUCGAGUUUUUCAGGAGACUUAAGAAUUUUUAAUUAAAAGCACGCAGCUUGGUUACUUGAUGAUAAUGCCAUUCCUUACCUUCUUGUUGGAUUAAGCAAAGGAAUAUGCAAAAUUCCCUUCAACCCGCUCAUUCUCCCGUUUUAGGUCCGUAUGAUUACGAAACUUUCCAUGCCCCAAAAAGGGAAAUUAAUGGGCAAACAUAUUUCAUUGGUAGAUAGAGAAAUUACGUAUGAGAGCGCGAUAUACGGCUAUUCAGAAGCUGUCGAAACGCAAAGAGAGUAUUACAAAAAUAAUUAUUCUAGCCCAACUAGUUUAAGAGUUAUUGAAUAUCAAAGUCCGCCGGAUCCGCUUGUAACAACCUAAUAAUCAUUUCUUUAAUUUCUAAUGGCUGAUUGUUAUAUACCAUUAGAAAGCUGGCUGAUUUCUUUGCUUUAUAAGACUCUUGUUAUCGUUCCCUGCAGAUUCGAAAAUGCCUUCGACUUCAGCUACGUAGAUUUUGUUGCACGCAGAGUAUAUUUCGCGGAUCGUCCUCUUCAUCUCCUAACAGUAGACAAAAUAUUAGAUAGAUUAGGUAUCAAAAUACCGUUUUUGCCGUCCAUAAUCCUAUCCUCAGAGCUUUACCUUAAGACAAAAUUUUGUAAUUUAGACGAAAGAAUGACAAUUAUCUUAUAAGAUAAGGGAUAUAUUUCUAAUAUAAUACAAUGCUUUUGAUCGUCAACAAACAAAACGUUAGAUAACAAAGCAAUAGAAAUAAAAUAUGCAUCCCGCGCCUUAAAAAGAGCGCCCCGCGCUUAUUACCUCAUCACGAUAAUCAUUAUAAACGUUGACAAUGUAAUACAGUACUAUUCUACGAUAUAAUACGAUACUAUUAUCGACUUUACAGUUUCGCUUAUUUCACAGAUUUCGGGACGUC